AUGAUCAAGGCAGAAGAAGAGGAGUUCGUGUCAGAGGAGGGAGAGGAGCAGGCCGAGGAGAGAGAGGAGCAGGUCAAAGAGGGAGAGGAGCAGGCCAAGAAGGGAGAGGAGCAGGUCAAGAAGGGAGAGGAGCAGGCCAAGAAAGGGAGAGGAGCAGGUCAAGGAGGGAGAGGAGCAGACCAAAGAGAGGAGCAGGCCAUGGAGGGAGAGGAACAGGUCAAAGAGAGGAGCAGACCAAGGAGGGAGAGGAACAGGUCAAAGAGAGGAGCAGACCAAGGAGGGAGAGGAGCAACAUGUAUUACAGUAUGA